AUGAUUCUAUUUGCAUUCAACGCUAAAGCUGACUACACUGGCAACAUUAAUUACCUUGAUGAAAAAACUUACGUAAACUCGAUCUAUGUCGAUGUAGGAUCGGUAACCCAGUUUGGCUUCAGCCUUAGAUUAAUUCGAAGAAAUAAUGAUUCUCCAGAAUUCGAAUUUAAAUUCCAAGAAAAAUUUUCUGUUGGAGUAAAUAAUCCAUCUUUGGCCUUCGUACAGUUUAAACAUGCAACAAUCGAACCAUUGGUUGAAAUAAGAUACGAAACAAUUGGACUAGGAAGCAACUGUAAAACGGGAGGAUUAUAUGCUUCUGUAACAGGAAUAUUUGUCGUAAUUUUUGGAAGUGAAAAAUUAUCUCCAUGGGGAAUAGCGCAAACGACUAUACUUUGCUGCACUCCAUGUCGACGAUCUCUCAAGAAGAACUUGGCAAAACGAUAUGUUUCAUCGGCCGGAAUUCCAUUAUCUGAGAAAGUAAGUAAACGGCCAAAAGAUUCGUCAAUUGAAGCUCGUUUACAAAUUCUAGAAACGCUCUUACGAGAAUACGUGAUAGAUACCGCAUUGCUCGAUAAAGUAAAGAAAACACUAAGAGAAAAUCCUAAAAACAAAAGAAAUUACGAAAAAUCUCUUUUAAAAUACGAAAGCGAAAUUUAUUCAUCUGCUAUACAAAAUAGUUCAGAUAUUGAAUUAGAAUAG